CAAAUGGAGCGUUUCAARGUGGUGGAGAGGGAAACCAAAACCAAAGCCUACAGCAAAGAGGGGCUGGGAUUGGCCCAGAARGUCGACCCCGCCCAGAAAGAGAAGGAGGAGGUGGGGCAGUGGCUCACGAACACCAUUGACACCCUGAACAUGCAGGUGGAUCAGUUUGAGAGCGAGGUGGAGUCGCUGUCGGUGCAGACGCGGAAGAAAAAGGGAGAUAAAGAUAAACAGGACCGGAUCGAGGCUCUGAAGCGGCAGGUGGAGCGGCACCGUUUCCACGUGCGGAU